AUCCCGUGCAGCAGCAGGAGGAGGAGAAGAAGAGCACACAGUGCGUUGUACAGUACAGUGUUUGCGUCGUCUUUACGUACAUAAUUGAAUUGAAUUUGUCAAUUGCUUUGCUUGCCUUGCCCUCCCCCACCCCUCCUGUGUACUGUACCCCGAUACCCAUACUUAUAUUUCAGCUGCUUCUUUUGGGUUUGGUUUGUUGCUGUAAACUGCAAUCUGCAAUCCCAAUCCAAAAUGCUGCAGCAGCAAAUAAUGAUGUGAAUGUGGAUCGUGUGGAUGUGGAUGUGAAUGCAAAUGCAAACAAAACAAAAACGUGUUUUCUUGUAUUUGUUGUUGGAAUCCAAUUAAUUAUAUUUAUAAUAUCCCAAUCUCCAAUCCCAAAUCUGGAGAGCUGGAGCCCCUUCAGGAAACCACCUCCUCCUCCAAGCAGUCCCUCAACGGUCAGAUCCGUUACCGAUCUCCUUCCUCCGCCGAACUCCUGCUGGACGCCCAGUCCAAUUCCCCUCCCUCCUCCUCCUCCGAUCAAGACCACCUCCACCUCCUUGACUCCUCCUCCGACAAGAUGCUCAAGCGGCCCGGUGGUGGUCGCUCCUCCCUCUCCGACAAGAUCCACCGUUACAGAGGGGUUCUUCUCGUAAUCGCCGUCCCUCUUCUCCUCGUCUCCUUCGUUCUCUAUGUGAUGCCUCCCCGCUCUUCCUCCAAUUCCUUGCAGGAGUACACCUUCAACCACCGCAAGGUUCCUCCUGAACUCCUCAGAUCCACCUCCUCCGAUUUCUCCUCCUCCUCCCCCACCAACACUUACGCCGUUAUCUUUGACGCUGGUAGCUCUGGCAGCCGCGUCCACGUCUUCUGCUUUGACCCCAGUCUUGAUCUCGUUCCCAUUGGCAGAGAUCUCGAGCUUUUCGACAAGACAAAACCAGGGCUCAGUGCAUAUGCAAACGACCCUGAGGCUGCUGCAAACUCUCUGAUUGGCCUCCUCGAUGAAGCACAGAAUGCCGUUCCCAAAGAUCUGCGUCCCUCUACUCCUGUUCGGGUUGGGGCAACUGCUGGCUUAAGGUCCUUGCCAGGCGACACCUCUGAUCGGAUUUUGCAAGCGGUUAGGGAUUUACUGAAACACAAAAGCUCCUUCAAAGCUGCCUCAGAUUCAGUCUCUGUUAUUGAUGGAACCCAAGAAGGAUCUUAUGAGUGGGUGACGAUAAAUUAUUUACUAGGAAAUUUGGGGAAGAAGUAUUCAAAUACAGUAGGAGUAGUUGAUCUUGGAGGUGGAUCUGUCCAAAUGGCUUAUGCUAUCUCGGAGACAGCUGCUGCAAAGGCACCAAGGCUGUCUGAUGGACAAGAUAGUUAUGUGAAGGAAAUGUAUCUUAAAGGAGCAAAAUAUCACCUCUAUGUUCACAGUUACCUGAGUUACGGCUUGCUAGCAGCUCGAGCAGAGAUUUUAAAGGUUUCUGAUUCUGGCAACCCCUGCAUCUUACUUGGCUAUGAUGGGUCUUACGUAUAUGGAGGAAAAGAGUAUAAAGCAUUUGCUUCAUUGUCUGGCUCUAGCGUUGAUGGGUGCAGGAGAGUAGCUAUAAAAGCUCUCAAAAUAAAAGAAUCUACAUGUACACACAUGAAAUGCACAUUUGGUGGGGUAUGGAAUGGUGGAGGAGGAGAUGGACAAAGACACUUAUUUGUUGCGUCAUUUUUCUUUGACAGGGCUGCUGAGGCUGGUUUUAUUAAUCCCAAUGAGCCGGUAGCCAAAGUUCAUCCUGCUGAUUUUGAGGAGGCAGCUAAGCGUGCUUGUCAAACGAAACUUGUGGAUGCCAAAUCCAUAUAUCCACAUGUGGAGGAAGACAAUUUGCCAUAUAUAUGCAUGGAUCUGGUUUACCAAUACACAUUACUUGUAGAUGGAUUUGGUCUGGAUCCGUGGCAAGAGAUUACACUGGUGAAACAAGUUAAAUAUCGUAAUUCACUGGUUGAAGCAGCAUGGCCUCUAGGCAGUGCCAUAGAGGCUGUGUCAUCGUUGAAAUGAUUGGGGAUCACUUCAUUAUUAUUACUAUCUAAAUUACCCACUGAAAAUUUCGGCAAGAAUCUUGGAUUUUGAGAAUAAUGGGAGAUAUUUUAGUUUUAUUUUUUAUUUUUAAAUUUAAUUUUCUCCAUUUGUAAUUAUAAUUCUGAUUCAAUUCAAUUUAGUUCAAUUAGUAUGCCUGUGGGUUUGAACGAAAAUGGCCAUUCUAAUUCA